UGGGAUUCAGCGCAACUUUUGUUUUUAUUGAGAAGGUGCUCUCUCCACGCAUCUCUCUCAGACACGGAUUCUUUAACGGAGGAGAGAGGGGGAGAGUGCAGCCUUUCACUUUAAGACCGGCUAGGCUCGCGGAUAAAAGGCCGGCAGGGCAGGGCGGCCCCCACUGCAGCCUGUCCGAGAGAGGCUCGGUGCCUUUUGCGCGUGGCCCCCUUUCACCACCGAAGUUGGCUCCAGCGCUAGCAGCCGCAUUGGAUCCCACAGCUUAUUGUGAGACUCCGGUGUACAAUCCGGAUCUCUGCCCCAACAUGAUCGCGGCCCAGGCCAAGCUGGUCUACCACCUGAAUAAGUACUACAACGAGAAAUGCCAGGCCAGGAAAGCUGCCAUCGCCAAAACCAUCCGGGAAGUCUGCAAAGUGGUCUCCGACGUCCUGAAGGAGGUGGAGGUGCAGGAACCGCGCUUCAUCAGCUCCCUCAACGAGAUGGACAACCGCUAUGAGGGCCUGGAGGUCAUCUCUCCCACCGAGUUCGAGGUGGUACUCUAUCUGAACCAGAUGGGGGUGUUUAACUUCGUGGACGACGGCUCACUGCCUGGCUGCGCGGUGCUGAAGCUGAGCGACGGGCGCAAGAGGAGCAUGUCCCUCUGGGUGGAAUUCAUCACCGCCUCGGGCUACCUCUCGGCACGCAAAAUCCGCUCCAGGUUUCAGACGCUGGUGGCUCAGGCGGUGGACAAGUGUAGCUACAGGGAUGUAGUAAAGAUGGUGGCUGACACGAGCGAAGUGAAACUGAGAAUCCGCGAUAGGUACGUGGUGCAGAUCACCCCGGCCUUUAAAUGCACCGGGAUCUGGCCGCGGAGUGCUGCCCACUGGCCGCUUCCCCACAUCCCCUGGCCAGGACCUAACCGAGUGGCAGAGGUCAAGGCCGAGGGGUUCAAUCUGUUGUCCAAGGAGUGCCACUCCCUGGCCGGCAAGCAGAGCUCGGCGGAGAGCGACGCUUGGGUGCUGCAGUUCGCAGAGGCUGAGAACAGACUGCAAAUGGGGGGCUGCCGGAAGAAAUGUCUCUCUAUCCUGAAAACCCUCCGCGACCGCCACCUGGAGUUGCCAGGCCAGCCCCUCAACAACUACCACAUGAAGACUCUGGUGUCUUACGAGUGUGAGAAGCAUCCCCGGGAGUCGGACUGGGACGAAUCUUGCCUGGGCGACCGGCUGAACGGAAUUCUGCUGCAGCUCAUCUCAUGCCUGCAGUGUCGGCGGUGUCCCCACUACUUCUUACCGAACUUAGAUCUGUUUCAAGGCAAACCGCACUCGGCUCUGGAAAACGCUGCUAAACAAACGUGGCGACUGGCAAGAGAGAUCCUGACCAACCCCAAAAGUUUGGAAAAACUCUAGAGGAUGAUCUAAUCCAGGGCCGACAAGAUCACUCUUCUCAAAGUCCCGACGAAAUGAAAACUUCCUGGUUGAUUCCUAUUUAGUAUUUCCUGAGACAGUGCAAACAAUCUCUUCCUUCAGAAGGAGUAACAGCACAACAUUCAUGCAUCAUCUCACACACCCCUAAGAGGAGGGAAUGGAGUAGGGAAACACGGGGAAACCUACACCCACAAGUAUCUUUAAGCAGGCAUCUCCCAUCUCCCUUGAAAAGUAAGUACACAAAACCCGAAAACAGCAGGGCAACAAUGCAAGACCGUGGCCAACUCCGUCAAAGGAUUAUAGCAAUCUUGAGACUUAGGCGCAUCUAUCUGCCUUCCAGUAAACACGACCUGGAUGUGCCAUCGGAAGGAUCGGAAGGAGCGAGUAAUGUAUAUUUUGAUUUGUAACAAAAAAUUGUGAUCUCAUGUUGUCUUUGAAAGUGUGGAUGUUGGUGUUUUGUGAUUUGGUGAACAGAACUGAAAUUGCCAUUUGGAAACUUCCAGACACUUUCCAUGAACAGAGAUGCAUUU